UUUGACAGAAACCCAUGUUUUCUUUUUCUUAUCAUUAAAUUAUUCAUCUCAUUGAUUCCUUCUUCACCUUUCUUAGGUACAUCUUUUCCAAGGCAGUCAAUAUCUAGGAAAAAAAUCCUAGUAUUUCUCUCCAACAUCCUUCACCUUCUUCUCUCUGUAUUUUCCCUAAACCAGAGUACCACUACCAGCCAUGGCUGCUAAGCUGGUUAUUUUCUUCUUCUCUGUAUUGAUUGGAUGCAGGGCGGCUGCUUCUGCUGCUGGGAAUCUCUUCCUCAGGGAUUUCGAUAUAACAUGGGGAGAAGGAAGAACAGAGUUUAAUAAUAGAGGAAAAGUUCUUAGUCUAUCACUUGAUAAAGACUCUGGAUCCGCUUUUCAAUCAAAGAAAAAGUAUAUGUUUGGGAGAUUUGAUAUUCAAAUGAAACUAGUCCCUGGAAACUCCGCCGGCACCGUGACUUCAUUUUACUUGUCCUCGCUUGGAAAUGCCCACGACGAGAUAGAUUUCGAGUUCUUGGGGAAUUUGAGUGGAGAUCCUUACAUUCUUCAUACUAAUGUAUUCAGUCAAGGUGGAGGAGGAAGAGAACAACAGUUUUAUCUAUGGUUUGAUCCAACUAUUGAUUUCCAUACUUAUUCCAUCGUUUGGACGCCCAAACAAAUCAUGCUUUGUGUGGAUGGAAUAGCUAUUAGAGAAUUCAAGAACUUGGAAUCAAUUGGUGUGCCAUAUCCAAAUAAUCAAUCUAUGAGAGUAUAUGGAAGUUUAUGGAAUGCUGAUUUUUGGGCAACAAGAGGUGGGCUUGUUAAGACGGAUUGGAGUAAGGCUCCAUUCAUAGCUUCUUACAAGAACUUCAAUGCAAUUGAUUGGUCUUCAUCUUCUUCAUCAUCUUCAUGUGGGUCGAAUCCUAUAAGGAGGAGAGGAGGAGAUUCGGGGUCGGAUUCAGAUUGGGAAAUGGAAGAAAGGGUGAAAUGGGUGAAGAAGAAAUACAUGAUAUAUGAUUAUUGUCAGGAUCUUGAGAAACAUUCUCAUGGUCUUCCUUCAGAAUGUUUACUGGCGGCGGCGCCACCGCCACCGCCACCACCACCACCGCCAACGCCGGCGAGAACACGGCGGCAGAAGAUGAAGAACAAACAUGUUGUUAUUGGUGUUGUUUAA